AUGAAUUCGGGCGGAAACACCUUAGACGACGCGGGCAAAACCGCCCUUUUGACGGUUCAGCUCGUGCUCGUCACAACGUUGGGCACCAUUUCUUUUCUUCUUUUCUGCUUCCUUCGGACACGAUGGAGUAUUAUGUUUGCUCCUCGUAGUCGUUUUGCAGAGCUUGCUCCCGAACCUUUGCCAACUUCUUUUUUUGGCUGGAUUAUUCCUUUGUUCAAAAUUCCAGAAUCCACC